UGAUAUUCUAAAGAAGCUGAGACACAGCUCAGGUGGAUAUUUACCUCUUAGUGGUGUAUUCAGGUGGCUUUUACCUGCUGGUGGUGUAUUCAGGUGGAUAUUUACCUGCUGGUGGUGUAUUCAGUUGGAUGUUUACCUGCUGGUGGUGUAUUCAGGUGGGUUUUACCUGCUGGUGGUGUAUUCAGGUGGCUUUACCUGUUGGACUUUACCCCAAGAGAGAAGAAAUGUCACUCCAUUCGGCACUCUGAUCUACACUCUUUCUAUCACAUUGGACUUUGUGCACAAUAUACUAGUACAUUUGUCACAGACAAAGUGAAUCCGACCUAAACCCCCAGAGAGCAAGCAGAGACGACAGAAGCAAGGGAUAGGUAGAUACUCCAAAGGGAUUGGUAGAAACCUUGAGAGGAACCCAACUGCAGCGACCAACUGUGUCAAUAGUCUCUAUAUAUUUGGAAAUGCCACUGUGGAGACGGACAAAGGCUGGCGAUGAGGAGUGUAACCGUGCUGUCCUGGUCUCAGUGUCGAACUUUGACCACGGUGUACCACUGGGCAGGAGGCCAGGGGCAGAGAAAGACAGCAAAAGACUCCACCGUACCCUGACCAGACUGGGAUACAGAGUGGACAUACACACUGACCUCACCUCUCAGGAGAUGUACACACUCUUCAGGACAGAGAGUGAGCGGCCGGUGAAGGAGUGUUUCCUGGCGGUGCUGUCGUCUCACGGAGAGGAGGGCUGUGUAUUCGGGACGGACGGAAGGCCGGUUAGACUGUCCCACAUAUUUUCCUGCUUCAACAACACACACAUGGAGGGAAAGACCAAACUGUUCUUUAUCCAGGCGUGUCGUGGGGGUGAGCUGGAUGAUGGGGUGACGGUGGAGACAGAUUCAGCAGGAAGUGAUGUCACUGAGGACACCCUGUCUCAGUACCUGUCCAUCCCCAUGGAUACAGCGGUGAUGUACGCCACCACGCCAGGUUACGGGGCCUUCAUGCACCCUCUGGGGGCCGUCUUCCUCCAGACGCUCUGCAUCCUAUUGGAGGAGGAAGGGGGCGGAGCCCUGGAGCUGACACGCCUCCUGACACGCCUCUCCCACCGCGUAGCCUUCGGCUUCCAGGCCAAAGGCCGUCUGCUGGGGGGGAAAAAGGAAAUGCCCUGCUUCGUAUCGCGACUGACCAAAGAGGUGUUCCCAUUCGCAGAGCCGGGAAGGAGGGCGGGGCCAAUGGGCUUUCUGCAACAACAUUGGUCAACCCAGAGCACAACAGACCUCGCAAACCAUCUAUAAGCUAAACCCAAAGCCUUUGUGAGAUCUAAAGACACUUGUCGCUCACAGAUUGACAGGCUAGACUUGCUCUGUCAGCUACAUUAGUACGGAUGACUUUCGAUGUGUUGUUAGCCAGAUGGUUGUGAGUUUGUGCCAAGGUUGGGACAGAAUUUCCACUCUGUUGCCUGUGUGCAUAUUCAUGUGCAUAAUAGAAACAGAACAUUGUGAUGAUCAGAUACGCGGAUACAGGAACAGAUCUGGAGGUUGAUGGUUUCACCACAGAGUAGAUGAUUAUGGCUUCUUUCUUUACAGACAACUGACACGGCUUAAAAUAUUCUAGAUAAUGACCAGUAUACUAUGUUUUUGAGUCUAUUUCUUUAAUUAAUAUUCUAGUUAAUGAAUGGUAUACUAUGUUAUUUGAGUCUAUUUCUUUAAUUAAAAUGGCAACAUAUGGCUUAGCUUCUGCUUCUAUGCUCUUAUUUGAAACCAUUCAAUGUAAGUUGAACACGCAUGCUCAAUGUUGACUGUGUUAAAAACUACUUAUCGUGUGACAAUAUACACUACCGUUCAAAAG